GAGACAGAACAGAGAGACAGAGAGAGAGACAGAACAGAGAGACAGAACAGAGACAGAGAGAGAGACAGAACAGAGAGACAGAACAGAGAGGGACAGACAGACAGAGAGACAGACAGAGAGACAGAACAGAGAGGGACAGACAGAGAGACAGAGAGACAGACAGAGAGACAGACAGAGAGACAGAGAGAGAGACAUGGAUCAGCUGCUGCUGCUGCUGCUGCUGCUGUGGAGCUCAGGGCUCCAGGCUGCAGGAGAAAACACCUCCACAGUGUGUGAAAAUGCCACCUUGGCCGACAUCGUCUUCCUGGUGGACGGCUCCUCCAGCAUCGAGAGGACAAACUUUGUGAAGAUCAAAGGUUUUUUAAGCAGCGUCAUCAAGGCCCUCGAGAUCGGCCGGAACAAGGUUCGUAUCGGCCUGGCUCAGUACAGCGAGGAAACUUACCAGGAGUUCCUGCUGAAGGAUCACAUGGACAAGACAUCCCUGCUGGAGGCUGUUAAAAGAAUUCCCAAACGAAAAGGAGGCACGGAAACAGGCAAGGCCAUCGACUUCCUCCGGACGCAGUAUUUCACGGAGGAAGCAGGGAGCAGAGCCGGCCAAAGGGUGCCUCAGAUCGCUGUGGUUAUCACGGAUGGAGAUUCCACGGACGAUGUGACAGCACCCGCCCAGCGCCUGAGGCAGCAUGGGGUCAUCGUGUUUGGCAUCGGGGUGGGACCAGCCAACCUGCAGGAGCUCCAGUCCAUCGCCAACCGUCCUCCAGAGCGCUUCCUGUCCUCCAUCAGUAACUACGCAGCUCUGCAGACACUGAAAGACAGUCUGCUGAAAACUGUGUGCAUCUCUGUAGAGGAUCAGAAGCAAGCUUUGGCAGAAAGGUUUGCAGACAUCUUCUUCCCGUUGGACAGUGGCGUGACUGCGGCAGAGUUCCAGCGGUGCACCAUCAAAGAAGGCUGCGUACAGAAGGAUGAAGCAGACAUCUUCUUCCUCAUCGAUCACUCAGGAAGCAUUUACCCCAACGACUUCAAGGACAUGAAGAAGUUCAUGAUUGAGUUUCUAAAUACCUUCCGCAUUGGGCCACAACAUGUCCGCAUAGGGGUUGUGAAAUACACAGAUUCACCAGAUUUAGAGUUUGAUCUGACCACACACUCAGAUGUCAAGAGUUUGGAGGACGCUGUAGAGGCAAUAAGACAAACAGGAGGCGGGACAGAGACAGGAAAAGCACUCACUUCCAUGGUACCACUCUUUGAUCGAGCGCUGGCCACGCGUGGUCACGAAGUCCCGGAGUACCUGGUGGUCAUCACUGAUGGAAAGUCCGCUGAUGAAGUGAAGAUUCCUGCAGAACAAGUAAGGGCGCAAGGAGUCACUGUAUACGCCAUCGGGGUGAAAAGUGCAGAUUCAGUUCAGCUGCAAGAGAUCGCCGGCGACCCCAAGAGGACUUUCUUCGUCAACAAUUUUGAUGCUCUGACGCUGAUCAAGGACGACAUCAUCACAGACAUCUGUUCUCCAGAGGCUUGCAGUGAUAGACCGGGCGACCUCCUCUUCCUGAUUGACAGCUCUGGAAGCAUUGGCCCUCAAGACUACGAGAAAAUGAAAGAGUUCAUGAAAUCUGUCAUCACCAAGUCCGCCGUCGGGCAGGACAACGUGCACGUCGGUGUCAUGCAGUUCAGCACCAUCCAACAGCUAGCGUUCCCCCUCAACCAAUACUUCAGCAAGGACCAAAUGCUGAACGCCAUCACAGCUAUGCAGCAGGUUGGCGGCGGCACGCUCACAGGGGAAGCCAUCACGGAUGUGUCGCAAUACUUUGACGGACUGAGAGGAGGGCGUCCUGGCAUGAGGCAGACGCUGAUAGUGAUUACAGACGGUGAGGCACAAGACGAGGUCAAGGAACCCGCCCUGGCUGUGAGGAACAAGGGAGUGGUGGUUUACGCCAUCGGAGUGGUGGACGCCAACACCACCCAGCUGCUGGAGAUCAGCGGCUCAGCAACAAGGACGUACACUGAGAGGGAUUUUGACGCUCUGAAGGACUUGGAGAACGAGUUGGCCUUGAAGCUAUGUAACACAGACACAGACUGUAAGAAGACGGAAAAAGCUGACAUCAUUUUCCUGGUGGACGGCUCCACGAGCAUAACCCUGGAGAAGUUCAGAAGCAUGCAGAAGUUCAUGUCGUCCAUGGUGAACGAAAACACCGUCGGCAAGGACCUGACGCGCUUCGGAGUCAUCCUGUACUCCACCAACCCCAAAUCCGUGUUCACUCUGAAACAGUAUAGCUCAAAACGAGAGGUCCUCAGAGCAAUUCAAGAUCUGAAGUCCCCGUACGGAGACACCUACACCGGCAAGGCUUUAGCGUACUCUUUACCGUUCUUCAACAAAGACAACGGCGGCCGGGCGGACCUCAAGGUGCCUCAGAUCCUCAUGGUGGUCACGGACGGGGAUGCCACAGAUCGCCACAGUCUGGUAGCGCCGUCCGUGGAUCUGCGGGAACACGGGAUCAGCGUCUUCAGUAUCGGAGUGGAAGGAGCCAACAAGACACAGCUGGAGAUCAUGGCCGGGCACGAGUCCUCCAGAGUUUUCUACGUGGAUAAUUUCAAGGCCCUGGAGAGUCUGUACAAGAACAUUACUCAAGCCCUUUGCGACACCCCGCCAGUUUGUGAGAAACAGCAGGCCGACCUGGUCUUUCUUCUGGAUCAUUCCGGCAGCAUCCAUCCGGAGGACUACACCAUCAUGAAGAACUUCACCACAGAUCUAGUGAACAGCUUCAAAGUGAGUGAGAAUCUGGUGCGUGUCGGACUCGCCCAGUUCAGCAGCGAGUUCCAGGACGGGUUUUACCUCAACCAGUUCUACAGCCAGGAAGUCGUGAACAAGCACAUCUUGAGCAUGUCGCAUAAGGGAGGGGACACUGAAAUCGGACGGGCCCUGGACUCCAUCAUGGGCUAUUUUGAGGCGUCACGUGGCAGCCGAAGAUCUGCCGGGAUCUCCCAGAAUCUGGUGCUGAUCACGCCCGGGGAAUCUCAGGACGACGUUGAGGAUGCCGCCGAUCGUCUCCGGGCUCUGGGAAUCGAGAUGUUCGCCAUCGGCAUUGGAGACGUCCACGAGCUGGUGCUCCUACAGAUCACAGGAACACUGGAGAGGCUGUUCACCGUGAACAACUUCAACAGCUUGGAUAAGAUCAAGCAAAGGGUGGUCGAGACAAUCUGCAAAUCCAAGGACUCUGGAGGCCUGCCCCAAAACCUGCUGUUUCAGCCCAACAUCUCUGUGUCCUCCUCCAUGGACGGGGUCUCCGGGGCCCAGCAACAGGGGUUCCAGGUGUUCAGAGGCUCCACCUUCACCAUCAGCUGCUCCAUCCAGCCUCAGUAUCCAGGAGGCUCCUUCCAGCUUAACUUCACCUCCUCCCAGCUCAACUUCACCUCCUCCGACCCAGCAAACAUCCCUGACUCACUGCCAGCUGUCAAUCACUCUGCCCACUUCCUGUUCCCGGCUGCAGAGCCCGCCCACCAAGGAAGCUACAGCUGUGUGUAUCACGUCUCUGUUUCUGCUCAUGGCUUCUCCUCUGAGAGCCGUCUGCUCUCCGUCACCGUCACAGAUCCAGCACCUUUUAUCCUCCGAGCGGUCGUCCUGCCGCUGACUCUGCUGCUGGGGACAGUCGGCCUCUUCUUCUACUGUAAGGCCACCAGGGGGCGGAAGCCGGGCCGACAGGAGGACAUGGAGCUGGAUGAUUAUAACCUGGGUGUUCCUGCAGCUGGAGAGGAAGGAGCUCAGGGAGCAGAGUAGCAGCUCCAAGGAGCUCCUCUCGCACACGGCUUUAUCAGCUCCUACAGCUUUUAACCCACGUUAUCAAAUAUAGCCUACUGUCUUCCCUCUGAUCCUCACCAGCAAUGUGUUAGUGCCUCACGUUUCCUGACUUCCUGUCAGCUCAAAGCCCAUUGGUUCCCCCUGAAGAUAGAGCUUUAAAAACACCACUAUUUUAUUUUAUUAAGUCCAAUCAGUGAGUGCAGUCUGAACCCAGAGACCCACCGGCCGCUCAGGAACAAGGCUGGUGAAAUCUGGGUAUAUAUUAAAGUCCAAGUGUCCUCUAAAGUCAGUAUUAAUACCCGAUGUGUGAGUCUACGGUUUGGAGCAAAUGAAUCCUGAGAUAACAGGUGAACGUGUUACAGCGCCACCUAGUGUUGGAUCUGUAGAUCUAGAGCACAUGGAGGGUCGGUGUUUGAGAUUCUAUUUCAAAUUCAAUGAAUAAAUCAAAUACAGUUUAUAAAAGAUUUAGGACUUGAACCAAAGUGAAUAGUUUUAGACUUUUUGAAAUCAAGGCCUUUUCUUAUUUCAUAACAGUGCUGAUAUUUUGGUGAUUGAAUUUGUUUUAGUUCAGAAGAACUUUGCUUGAUUUUGAUAUGAAGUGAUUGUUUGUAUUUAGUUUAAAAAAGAAGCUUUCUGAGAGAAGUGCGAUUAUAUUUGUAAUUGACCCAAAUGUUUAAGAGUUGAACUGUAAUGCUCUUUCUCCGUGUUGUAAGAAUUGUUCAGGUGUUCUGACUUCGUUUGAACGGCUGUGCAUUUUGAUAUGAAGUGAUUGUUGUUUGUAAGAAUUUUUCAGUGUUUAAGAACUCUGCUUUUCUAGAACUUUCCCAAAUUCAUCAGACUUUAAAUACAAAGACGUUGAAGUUAGAAUUUACAUAACGCUGUCAUAAGAAGUUUCCUUCCUCAUUAGUAAAGUGCUUUGUUGUAAAGAUGGUUCUUGUCUUUUAUAAUGUAGGAUGGAACUUAUUCCGGAAGAUGUAUAAUGAAUGUAGUCAUUUCUUACUUUGAUAAGAGUUUUUAUUUCUAAAGAAUUUGGCUUUUUUUCACAGAGUUCAGAUUAUCUUUGUUAUUUAGGAUUUUUCCCAAAUUCAAGACUUUUGGUGUUUUUUUGUUUUCUUUGUGUUUUUUAGCUGUUGUGAUUUUAAUCAAUCAUUUCCGCCUUUUUUGUUUUGCACAUUUAGAGUGGUCCUGACCCAGAUUAUUAAGAGUGUUGCUUUGUGUUUUAUCCAAUUCUUUAUUAGACCGAAAUGAUUUCUCUCUAAUUUGGCUUGAUUUCAUAAUUUGUUUGGACCAGUUUAUGACUGAAAAGAUGACGAUGAAGCAAAUAUCUGAAUUACAAUCUGAACAGCUGUAACAGGAGCCUCCAGGAACAAUAGAGCGAGUCCGAUGUAAUCAAUGCACAGUUUGUUAUUUGCUCUGCACCAAAAAAUAAUAAAGCUGCUUCAAUAA